UAAAAUCCUUUGACUCUCUCUUUCGUCAGCCUCUUUCCACUUCAGUUCUCGCUGCUCGAUACCCGCCAGCGAACUCGCUCGAGAGAGGCUGCGACGCGACUAUGGGUUUCUCCUGGUUUUCUUCUUCGUACCAGAAGCCAUUUAGGUUCCAUUCAUUCGUUUUCCUUCUUCUGGUGGUUGAUCUGGCGUUUUCCGAGGAUCCCUACGUGUUCUUGGACUGGGAUGUAUCCUAUAUCACGGCUUCUCCACUGGGAGUGAAACAGCAGGUCAUUGGAGUUAAUGGUCAGUUUCCAGGACCAAUAUUGAACAUCACAACUAACUGGAAUGUUGUAGUAAAUGUUCACAAUAACUUAAAUGAGCCAUUUCUUGUCACCUGGGAUGGUUUACAACAACGAAAGAACUCCUGGGAGGAUGGUGUUUUAGGGACCAAUUGCCCAAUUCCUUCUGCUUGGAAUUGGACAUACGAGUUCCAGGUCAAAGAUCAGAUAGGAAGUUUCUUUUAUUUCCCUUCCAUCAAUUUUCAAAGGGCAUCAGGCGGUUAUGGUGGCAUUACCAUAAACAAUAGAGACGUGAUUCCUGUGCCCUUUGGGGCACCUGAUGGAGAUAUAACUAUCUUUAUUGGUGACUGGUAUACAAAAGACUAUAAGGAACUUCGAAAAAUUCUUGACGAAGGUAAUGAACUUGGUGUGCCUGAUGGAGUCCUUUUCAAUGGAUUAGGACCCUUUCGCUACAAUGAAUCAGUUGUUCCUGAUGGUAUCGUGUAUGCAACAAUAAACGUUGAGCCAGGGAAAACAUACAGGUUAAGGGUACAUAAUGUAGGCAUAUCAACUAGCUUAAAUUUCAGAAUUCAAAAUCAUAAUAUGCUCCUUGUGGAGACAGAAGGGUCAUACACCGUGCAGCAAAAUUAUACUAGCAUGGACAUCCAUGUUGGUCAGUCAUAUUCAUUCUUGGUUACCAUGGAUCAAAACGCUAGCAGUGAUUACUAUAUAGUGGCAAGUGCUCGGUUUGUAAAUGAAACAUUCAGGGAUCAAGUAACUGGAGUGGCAAUAUUGCACUACUCAAAUUCUCAAGGUUCUGCUUCUGGUCCUCUUCCGGAUGGGCCCAACAAAGAUGAUACAUACUUCUCAAUGAAUCAAGCCAGAUCAAUCAGAUGGAAUGUCUCUGCUGGUGCUGCCAGGCCAAAUCCACAGGGAUCAUUUCGCUAUGGUCAAAUAACUGUAACUGAUGUGUAUGUAUUGCUCAAUGUACCUGCAGAACCUGUAAAUGGGCAAUUACGAACUACUCUUAAUGGUAUUUCUUACCUUGACCCUGCAACACCACUUAAGCUUGCGCAGCAAUUCAGUGUGCCUGGAGUCUAUAAACUGGACUUUCCGUAUCGAAAUAUGAACAGACCUGCAAAACUUGACACAUCUAUUAUUAAUGGUACUUACAAAGGUUUUAUGGAAAUCAUAUUCCAGAACAAUGCUUCAACGGUUCAAAGCUACCACCUGGAUGGCUAUGCAUUCUUUGUUGUGGGAAUGGAUUUUGGAAUCUGGACAGAAAAUAGCAGAGGCACCUAUAAUAAGUGGGAUGGAGUUGCUCGUUGCACAACACAGGUAUUCCCUGGUGCAUGGACAGCCAUACUUGUCUCCCUUGACAAUGUGGGCAUAUGGAAUCUGCGGGCUGAGAACCUGGACUCUUGGUAUCUGGGACAGGAAGUAUAUGUGAGCGUGGUGAAUCCGGAGAUUACGAAUAAAACCGAGCUUCCUUUGCCUGAUAAUGCUAUUUUUUGUGGCUCCUUAUCAACCUUACAAAAACAACAGUCCAACAAAUUCAAAUAUUCUGAAGCAUCAGUCUUAUCCUCAUCAAGUGUAAUUGUACUUGGCCUUCUUAUCAUGUGGCUAUCUUUUGUUUCCCCUUGACAUCCCCGGCCGUGGUAAGCGAUUAUGAUUGCAAAGAAUUUAAGUACUCAUCUGUCGCCUAAAUGCUUACCAA